GCGAUUAGUCGUUGGUCUACCUAUCGUAUACCCGGCUUACAUUCACUUUGGCAUCGACGAUGACCAUCUACACCCGCCUCGUCCAUCGGUAUCCACUGGCGACGAAGGCCGUGGCGACCGGUGCGAUCUUUGGAGUUGGGGAUGUGUCGGCGCAGUGUAUUGCGUCGGACUCGAACACCGUUUCGUUGUCCCGCGUUCUCCUGACGGCAACCUACGGUUUGAUCCUUCAAGGCCCUGCGUUGCACUUUUGGUUUGGCCGCCUCGAUGCGCUAUGGCCAGGGGCGAACGCAGUCACAGUGAUCAAGAAGGUUCUGGCGCAGCAUUUGAUCUAUGCCCCUAUGAGCAUUGCUUUCUUCAACGGAUGGGUUCGAUACCACAACGGCGCGAGUACUGAGUCGUCGAGCGAAGCUUGUGGCAAAGCCCUGCAGAACAUGCGGGACAAGACCCCGUCUCUGUGGAUGGACGGCAACUUCUUCUGGGGGCCAUUAAACGUGAUCAACUUUUCAUUCGUGCCGCUGCCCCAUCGUCCUCUCGUCAUGAACGCCGGCAACGUCAUCUGGACCACGUACUUGAGCUACCGUGCCAACCAACUCACCAAACACGACGACGGCGCUGUCGAAACCAGUGGCCUGCGCGAUAUGCUUGGAUAGCGACCAUUAGACAAAAUGCCAACUCUUUCAUGUCGGCUUCAGCCACUCGUAUGCGUUUAAUCUCUGCUGGCACUAGCCCAC